AUGAAAUCUCCAGAGCUCAAAGACCGGCUGGAAGAGUCAGAGAAGCUGAUCCAGGAGAUGACGGUGACCUGGGAGGAGAAAUUAAGGAAAACCGAGGAGAUUGCUCAGGAGCGACAGAAGCAGCUCGAGAGCCUCGGGAUCUCCCUGCAGUCCUCGGGGAUCAAGGUGGGGGACGACAAGUGUUUCCUCGUCAACCUGAACGCCGACCCCGCGCUCAACGAGCUUCUGGUCUACUACUUAAAGGUGCCGCCCUGCCCUGCGCCCUCGCCACGAGCCGUCGCAGGGUUUCUCGGGGCGCCUCGCGUCGGUAGUGAGCGCGCCGUUUCAUCUGCGUCUGCUGAACGGCGAAGGUCUGGGGCUCGGCUUCCCUUUGAGUGACGUCAGCCUCACAGUGCCAGCAGCCGCGCUCAGUGCUGUCUGCAGCAAGCCGAGUAGCGGAGCCGCCCGUAUGUAACGCGCUUAAAAUGCGUGCGGGAGGGCUGUGGGGAGCAGCCCUGUGAGCCUCCUCGCUGGCUUGCUGUGACGGUGCAGAGAAACCACCAGGUGUUCACUGGGGGAGGCUGAGGGGAAAGCCAAG